UGCACGGAGAACAAGUGCACGAUAAUGGAAGAUAAGUUUUGAAGAAGGGUUAACUUGCCGACAAGCAUAAAUUAUUGAAGAUGAUUUGAGAGAGGAAGUUCCUUUCUGGAUUCCUCUCAGGAUGAGCACCAACAGCUCCAGCCUGGUUUAUGAUGCACAGCCCCUGCUCAUUCUUCCUCUGGCGCUGGUCAUUUUCCUCACCGUGAUUGGGAACCUGCUGGUCAUCCUGGCUAUUGUUCGCACUCCUCUGCUCCACACCACCACCAACGUCUUCAUCAUCUCCCUGGCCUUCGCGGAUCUCAUCAUGGGUUGUGUGGUCCAGCCUUUGGGCGCCAGCAUGGUGGUCAGCAGGAAAUGGCUUUUAAGCGACAAGUUUUGUGACUUGUGGACGUCCCUGGAUGUGCUUUGCGUCACGGCCAGCAUAGAGACAUUGUGUGUCAUCGCCGUUGAGCGCUAUGUUGCGGUCACAAGACCUUUUGAGCAUAAGGUCCUCCUUGGGAAGCGCAGAGCUGGCUACAUCGUCUGCACGGUGUGGAUGGUGGCAUCCCUAGUUUCCUUCGUGCCAAUCAUGAACCAUUAUUCUCGUGCAAAUUACAAGGAGGCAGAAAUAUGUUACAAUAAAUCAGAAUGCUGUGAUUUCCAUACGAACAAGACCUACACCGUCUUCUCCUCAGUGGUGUCCUUCUACGUGCCCCUUGUUAUUAUGGUGUUUGUGUACGGGAAGGUGUUCGUCAUCGCGACCAGACAGUUGAAACUCAUCGAUAAGAAUAGACUCCACUUUCUGAGCACAUGCACAGAAGACUCCUGUGAAAGUCCAGGUGAAACGAUGCAUAAUUUGAGCCGGAGGUCAACGAGGCAUGUCGUGAAAGAACACAAGGCGCUCAAGACGCUGGGGAUUAUUAUGGGCACCUUCAUUCUCUGUUGGCUGCCUUUCUUUUUCUUCAAUAUCAUCAAGGUUUUUGAUCCUCUAGUGCCAUCACAGGAUGUGUUCCUCCUGUUGAACUGGCUCGGCUACACCAAUUCGGGCCUGAACCCAAUCAUCUACUGCCACAGUCCUGACUAUUGCACUGCCUUCCUCAAUCUUCUAGGGUACAAAAAACUCAAGCGAUUAAAUUGCAACACAGUGCACAAACAUCUAUGGACCCUCAGCUCGUGCAUCCAAAGCAACGGUUCUGUAAAAAUGGAUCGCUUAGGUCAUGAAGAUCCAUCUGCAAAGGGUGGGAACAUUUGCUCUGACACGUGUACAGUUUUCAAAGAAGAAGAGAUGGAAACUCAGCCUCACAAUGACUCAAUGUAGCAGAGAUGUUAAAGGGCCACUGAAGAUGGGAAACAGAUCCUAUGCUUUUCAAGAGAAUUAACUGUACUCGAGCAUCAUGCUUUUCAACUGGACCUUGACUGUAUUACAUUUAAACCAUGUGCACAGGCAAAACAGCCAGAUCCUCAGGUAAAGAGCAGCAAAGCGGAAAAAUUAUUUCCAGAACAAACCGUGACAUAAAAAACAAUUACUCAGUGACAUCUUUUUGAACUUUAAACAGAGUGAAAUUGGAAACUCAAGUCCUAAACUGUUAUCUUUUUACCUCACGAACCAUCAAAAAAUAAAAUUGUUGUGUGGAGUUUUUUUUUGUUUUUUUUCCUUUUUCCAGUUCAAUCACUACCCAGAGAUUAAAUGAAAUGCAUAAUGCGUAUGAUCAAUGUCCAAAAUGUGAGUAAAAAUGUCUUUUGGUGAAUAAAUAAAUGAGAAUGUCUCCAU